UAACAAAAAAAUCAAAAUGUGAGUAAAAAAAGUAAUUAAAAAAUAUACAAUUUCGCCGUAAUGAUUCAUCGAAACUAUGGAAGUAUUAUUUGGAGGGGCGUUGUUGAGAUCUAAGUCUUCGAACAGAGCCAUCCCUAGUACCACCAGGAAAACUAACUUGAGUACCGGCGACGUGGGGCACAAGAUGGGAAAUAUUAAAAGGCGUGGAGUAUACGUUGAGAAGUGGGUGAACUCUAAAUUGCCCGCUGAAGAUAACAAAAGGCAUAAAUCGAAAGCACAGCCAAUACCUAGGCCACAAGCACCCAAAUUGCUAACAUCUGCCCCGAAGGAAUCCAACAUUUCGACCUACACUCGCCUCCUGGGCACUGCAGACCCCGCGGUCCGAUUCAUAAAACGUAAAAAGAGGACCCUUCCUGAAAAGCUUCCAAAUCAGAGCUCCAGAACAUCAAAACAGUCAAAACAUGAGAAUAAACCAAGGAAUAUUGUGGAAGAGAAUAAAAACAUGAACAAGUUCAGAUCCAAUAAACAGAAUCACGCAAAAGACGCGGAAAGUAUCACGACCCGAAAGGAUCUACAAACGCCAUCAACGUCUUCGAAAAUAACCCGAGACUUAUCUUUCGAUACUAACUGGUCCACCAUCUUCCCGAACAAAGAAAACAGAGAUAACACUACUUUAUUACAGCAAUAUAUUUGCAACUAUGACAGUAAACCAAAGGAUGAUAAAUUAAAAACUGCAGAGGGUAAAGACGAUCAGAUCUAUACCUUUUUCAAAGACCUCAUCGAGGCAGUUUAUGACGAAGAGGUAGCUACAAAUCCUGAUGUACACAGUCGCAAAUCUUCUGAUAUCAAAUUUGAGAUAGACGAUCCUGUAGCGCAGAAACUGCAAGAAUAUAAUUCCAAGCAAUACACAAUCGAAGACCAGGAUUUCGUGUACGAUCAAAGUCGUGAGCUGGCGGAUUAUUACAACAAUAAGUCGCGAUUAACACCACAUAAAAACGUGAAGCGAAGAAAGAAAAACAUAAAAAAAUACACGUUUACUGAUAAGUCUGCAUACUUGAAAGAAGAAAGCAGGCCUAAAAAGCCUAAUCUUCUAACCCUUUUGAAAAAACAAUUGGCAAUAGAUUUAAACACGCAAGAAGAGCCCGAAAGCAUGUACGACGCGCUCCUGAACAUUGCUAAAAAUAAACGGAAGCGUAAACAAAUAUAUUUCGAGACAACGAAAGAACCUAGCGAUAUAGAAAGGGUAUGCAGAUUUAAGCGUCGAAGUGUCAUUUCACCAAGUCCGAGAAUGCCGAAAAGGGUGAGAAAGACGAGUAGGUGUGAUUCUAAAACUACGGGUGGAAAGCGAACUGAGUCAUUUACUUCGACAGAGUUUGAAUCUAACCAUUCCUUGGAGGUGCUGGGUUUUGAUUAUGUUUUGAAGCCGUAUACGGAGGCAUCGGAAGUCGAAACGGCGAUCAGUAGAAUCACGAACUUGAAUGAAGGCAUCAUGACAGUCACGCAUCAUUGGAAACCUUGA